AUGACCACCAGCCGCAACUACAGCAUCACCGAGCCGCACCCCUCGGUGCCGGCCGCCUCGACCGCCUUCCACUGGGGACGUGGUGGCGCCGGCAACGUGACGCGCAUCAGCUCGAAGGAGGUGACGGCCGGCCCCUCAGCCACGGGCCCUGCGUCGCGCAUCAAGCUGCCCGCGCCUCCGUCGUCCGGCCAGUACCUCACCGGACGCGGCGGCGCCGGCAACGUCCACCGCGAGCGCGCCAUCUUCAGCUUCGACGAGGAGCUCCGCCAGCAGCAGCGGCUGCAGGACACGGCUUCGCCCGUCUACCACGUCGGCCGCGGCGGCUCGGGCAACCUCAUCAACGAAGCCAAGCCGCAGAACAUCCGCAAGGGCUCUGCCAGCUCGACCUUCUCCAACGACAGCGAUGACAGCGUCAAGUCGGCCCCGCACAUGAAGGCGCGCCGCAGCUACGAGGGCGCCCGGAACUGGCUCAACCGCACGCUGUCGGCUCGGUAA